AUGCACGUGACAGUUAAGCAGAUUGUUGAAGGUUCGCAGAAACCUAGGUAUAAAGGAAGGAUAGUUGUUAACAAUAGUCAGGUUUACACGGUGCAAUUAUGUGGCAUGAUGUGCCAUUUGGACCACGAGGAAUCUUAUUGUGAUUACAAAUUAUUUGAUGGCACUGGUGAAAUCAAAGGAAGGGACUGGAGAGACUGCAUGUCGGGCAAUACCUUCUUCAGCGGUGGGAGCCUGUCAGCAUAUUAUGUUGUUCAUGCUACUGUUAUCGUUGAGAGGGAUUCUGCCUGCCUGAGCACAUUGCAUGCUAGGAAGGUGGAGGACCACAAUGAAUUGACGCACCAUUUCCUUAAUUGUGUCACUAACCACAUUGAGCUGAUAAGAAGCAAGAAGCGUGAUUUUGAAUUACGGAUGACUUCAUACCAUGUGGCUGCUGAACUUGAUAAAGAAGGUCUAAUAUGCUUGUUGGCAAAUGAUUCUGUCAGGGCUGCACUGAAGGAACUCAUUGAUGAGGGUAGUAUCUACAAUACUGUUGAUGAUUACCAUUUCAAGUUGGCUGAAAACUAG